AUGCACAAGAAUGACGGGGCCCCUGCUCGGACUGGCGAGCAAAACGAGGCAGACGAGGACGAAGCACGCGCGCUCCUCUCCGAUUCAUCUUCUCACCAUGAAAACGACGACGACCUGGUAGUUCACUCAGGCAAUGAUGCGAACAAUGUCGCCCCGUCUCGACCACACUUACCACGGCAGUCUUCAAUCUCGCAGCCGGCUCCUGACGGACAGCGUCGUACCCCUCGAACCCCAAAUCGUGUCAGAUUCGACAUUUCCAGUGAGGCUGACGACGGGGAAAGAUCUGUCGAUGAUCACGUUCGUCGAGAUUCAGGGGAGGAUGGCUUGUGGCUGGAUGAGGAGGAUUAUAUGUUGGACGACCCGCGACGGCAAAGGAGUAGCACGGGGCAAUUGGCACCUUUGCUGACGGACAUUGAAGCUCCAAGUGUCACGCUGGCAACAUCAGAAGACUUCUUCCCCGAAGACCAUUUGGAGAGUGCUCGGCCACGAAGUGGAAUGCGCAUGGCAUUCAUGAACAUGGCAAAUAGUAUCAUUGGGGCUGGUAUUAUCGGACAGCCAUAUGCCUUACGACAAGCAGGCAUGGUUAUGGGAAUAGUGCUUCUAAUUUCGCUGACAAUAACGGUCGACUGGACCAUCCGUCUGAUCGUCAUCAACUCUAAGAUGAGUGGAGCCGAUUCCUUUCAAGCCACCAUGCAGCACUGCUUUGGAAAGAGCGGCCUGAUAGCAAUUUCGGUCGCUCAAUGGGCAUUCGCUUUUGGCGGGAUGGUGGCAUUUUGUAUCAUUGUCGGCGAUACUAUACCACAUGUAUUCGCAGCAUUAUUCCCAUCCCUUCGAAACAUGUCGUUUCUGUGGCUGCUCACCGACAGACGCGCUGUCAUUGUCCUCUUCAUUCUCUGUAUUUCUUACCCGUUGUCUCUCUAUAGAGACAUUGCCAAGUUGGCAAAAGCCUCAGCGUUAGCCCUGGUCAGUAUGAUUGUCAUUGUAGUCACCGUGGUUAUCCAGGGAUUUCGCGUCCCUUCGGACGCAAGAGGCGACUUAAAGGGAAAUCUUUUUGUCAACUCAGGCUUUUUCCAAGCCGUGGGAGUUAUCUCAUUCGCAUUUGUUUGUCACCACAAUAGCCUUCUCAUCUACGGAUCUCUGAAGAAACCAACUCUCGAUCGAUUCACGAAAGUAACACACUAUUCAACUGGAGUUUCGAUGAUAAUGUGUUUGGUUAUGGCCAUUUGUGGCUUCCUGUCCUUUGGGUCAAAGACCCAGGGCAACGUGCUCAACAACUUUCCGUCUGACAACAUCAUGGUCAACAUAGCUCGGCUCUGUUUUGGCCUGAACAUGCUCACGACCUUACCGCUAGAAGCCUUCGUCUGCCGCUCUGUCAUGACUACAUAUUAUUUCCCUGACGAACCCUUUAACCCGAAUCGCCAUUUGCUAUUUACCACGUCCUUAGUGGUUGCCUCCAUGUUCUUGUCGUUGAUAACCUGUGAUCUUGGCGCUGUUUUCGAAUUGAUUGGCGCUACCAGCGCAGCAGCACUGGCCUACAUUCUACCACCACUCUGUUAUGUGAAGCUGAGCAAGACCAGCCAUCGAGCCAAAAUACCAGCAUAUCUCUGUAUAUUGUUUGGUACCGCUGUUAUGGUUAUAAGUCUUUUCCAGGCUCUGGGCAAAGUAAUCAGGAGUAAGAAAUACCUUCCCCCUAUAUCUAGAUCUGGAAGAAGAAAAACGCUGAUCUUUUUUCGUUCAUAG